AUGAAGUUUCUCGCCACGGUUCUGUCUAGUGCCGUACUUCUGCAACAUGUCGCUGCUCAAGGUGGAUAUCUCUUUACCAUCGACCAGACUAUUACCUCAUCGUCGACCGCCAUGAUCGAUUCCGAGAUGGCUAGUGCUAUCGUCGCGAGAAGAAGAGGCCUCACAUCCGACCGAUACCUGGGAAUAUCGAAUGAAAUGAUGCUUGACGACAUCAACGCUUAUGGAGGAUAUCAGGCGCCUCUCUUCAGAGACGGUCAAAAGACGGACGGACCAGGGAAGCUGUUCAUCAGGAUAUCCGGGGUCGAUAUGCAGAUCUCUGAAUUCGAUGUUGCUAUGCCCGAUUUAUGGAUUCAAGAACCAACCAAAGAUCUCCUCACCGAUUUUGCAACCGUACCCGGGCGCAAGGAAAAGGACGGGAUUUGCGAGUAUACUGUGCCUCUCAAUCCGAACACGCCAGAGAGCAAAGGUGUCGAAGUCAUCUUCUCAUAUCCUUUGGAAAAUGAACCAUCAUGCAUGUCGGUCUCAGAAGUUCCAAACAUCCCCAUCAUUCUAUCCCUCUACAGCUUCCUCCCUACAAACCCCUCUGGCGUCCAGGCCUCCUUGGGACCUCUAAUUCGAAUCCUCAAACACUUCUCCGCCACCGACAAUGUCGAAUCUACCCUCGUCCUCCUCCCAUCGAAGCUUCCCAAGGCGUCUCAUAACCACGCUCAUCACAACCGCGCCCGUGCCGCGCAGAAGUCCGAAGAAGAACCACUUGAUAUCCCUUCCGCAACACCAACCGGGAUUCCUCCCUUUGACGCUGUGCCUGCUUCCACCGCCAGCUCCAACUUCACCCUCCCUUCAGUGAUUCCGUCUUGCUUUACUUCGCAAUCGACAUGCGAAAGCACCACAAAUUUCUGCUCCGGCCACGGCUCUUGUUACAAGGCGCACACCAGCUGCUUCAAAUGCAAAUGCGAAUCGACCCUUGUCCGUGUGAAUGAAGAUGGUACGAAGAAAACGGUCCAAUGGGGUGGUGCGGCAUGCCAGAAGAAAGACGUCAGUGUCCCGUUUGUUCUGUUCGCCAGUUUCGCCGUGGUUAUGGCUGCAUUGAUCGCCGGUGCCAUUAGCAUGCUCUAUAACAUGGGCAACCAAGAAUUGCCCAGUGUUAUUGGUGCGGGUGUCGCAGGUCCUCGAUCAGGAAAGUGA